GUUAAGCAGCGCGGCUUCAUGGAUGCAGCUCAUGGCUUUGCAUUUGGCUAUCAGUUUAUGGAUUUCUCUUUGGCUGAAGCACAUUGGUGCCCUUUCAGCCUGCAGCUGGAGAUCGCUCGCUGA